UGUUUUCUUUAAGAAAUUGAAAGAAAGAGGCAAACGCGCGUUUCAAUCAAGAGCGCAAUUAUUGGUCAAAACGCUUCCAUCAUCGUCUUGUUCUUUCGUUCCAUUCUCUGUCACUGAGCUGAACUAUAAAUUUCAAGCCAUUUCAAACUCUGUUUCUGCAAUUCGAAUCGCGAUUUCAACUGUUUUGAUUUUCGAAUUCGAAGAUGGCGACGUCGAACAAGAUCGAACGCGGUCACCAGAUGUACCGUGACGGACGAUACAGCGAGGCGUUAGGGUUUUACACGGAGGCGAUCGCCAUGGCCAAGACCAAUCCUCAGAAGAUCGCUUUGCAUAGCAAUCGUGCUGCUUGCUUCCUCAAGCUUCACCAUUUCAACAAGGCAGCAGAAGAGUGCACCUCAGUGCUUGAGCUUGAUCACGAGCACAGUGGAGCUUUGAUGCUGCGAGCUCAAACACUGGUGACCUUGAAGGAGUACCAUUCAGCACUUUUCGAUGUCAAUAGACUCUUGGAAUUGAAUCCAGACUCAGAGGUCUAUCAAAAUCUUCACGCCCGCUUGAAGACACAGUUGUCACUUGCUCCAAUACCAGAGUCAGAAGAGGAGUUUGAAGAACAAGGAGAUGAGGAGGCUGAGCUGAUGCUAAAUAGAGAUAAUAAGAAGAAAGAGAUGUUUGCUGCAACUUCUAAUAUUAGGAUUGAUCAAAAGGAUGAGCUUGGAAAAAGUUUUAUCGGUUCUGAGUGUGCUCCUCAGGAAAUAGACCAAAAUUCUUCAUUUAAACAAGAAAGGGACCAAAACUAUGAACCUAAAAUGACCACAGUGGAAGUUACGGUUCCUAAAGCACCAAGCAAAGAAUCAACUGAGAAGCAGUCCGAAGGAUGGCAAACAAUUCCAAAACCUAAAGGACAUUCUACUCUAGACUACGCACGGUGGGACAAUGUUGAAGAUGAUUCUAGUGAAGAAGAAGAUGAUGAUGAUGAUGAAGAUGAAGAAUCUUUGCCCCAAUACCGGUUUCGUGUGAAAACAGUUGGUGUGCGUCCUGUGAAGUGAGGAUAUUCGUAUACUACGGUACCCUUAAAUGGCUGGUUUGAUACCAUAGUGAAUGUAAAAAGUGACAUCGACAGGCAAGAAUUGACUGAAUAGAAUCACUUGGUUGGUUGAAUCAGAGGGAAGUGCUGUAUUUUAUCCAUUGGUUUGGUUGUCAAUGUUCAUGAAUCAUAGGGAACUACUGUAUUUUAUCCAUUGUUUUGGUUGUCAAUGUUCAUGAACACUAAAUCAACCUGUUUCAAGCUGCUACCGUCCGAUAUCCAGCCGGUUUGCAUCUUGUGUGAGAAAAUCUAAGUGUUCAAGUUUCGUAUUGGUCCAGAAAUAUAGGGAGAGUUUUUAUCUGAUGUGGCCCAUACAACAUGACCAAUAUCAACAUGAACUAUAUAUUGAAUGGGAAUUUCCUGAAGCUUAGUUACUGCAGAAAAAUUGAUGAUAAGGUUGCAGUUGUGAGAAAUCUAGUCAUUCAAUUGUAACAAUGGACCUGUGAUUUGUCCUCUCCUCUUUGUAUGAUUCAGAAAAAUUGAUGAUAAGGUUGCAGUUGUGAGAAA